AUGUUGGCCCGUAUUUCUCCCCGGCACCUACUUACAAGGAGACCUCUCUCGUGUAACAUUGUCCUCCCAUACGUGCGCUUUGCGUCCAGGAAGACAAUUCGACCGUUCCUUCUCGCGGACAUUGGUGAAGGUAUCACAGAGUGUGAAGUCCUCAAAUGGUCCGUGCAACCCUCGUCGUCUGUCCAAACAUUCGACCCUCUCUGUGAGGUUCAAAGCGACAAGGCCUCUGUCGAAAUAACGAGCCCAUUCGAUGGCGUGAUCAAGGAGAUUCUGGUCAAGGAGGGAGAGAUAGCCAAAGUCGGAGCUGAGCUCUGCCUUAUUGAGGUUACAGAGGAAGGAGCCGAGGCUGAGGAGCAGAGCGUUGCAGCUGUACCAAAGCAAACGACGUCAGCACGUGUUUCAGUAGAGUCAGAGACAUUCAAGCCGCCGCUCGUCCCUAGUGCAUCGCCGAGGAAGAGACAUCCACUGGAUCCAUCCAACGAAGAGUUAUCUAGCCCUACCGCGGCUCUCGCACUACCUUCUGUCAGGCACUUUGCUCGACAAAACGGCAUCUCAGACUUGUCAGUCUUGGCUCCUGGUUCUGGUACAGGAGGGCGUAUAGAAAAGGCAGAUGUCGAAGCCUAUCUAGCGCGGAAGAGUCAACCGCGAGACACCACAACAUCAGCAGCGUCAGGUGUACGACUGGAAGAUACCCACGUUGAACUGGGUCGAACGCGCUACGCUAUGUGGAAGAGUAUGACGAAGAGUCUCGAGAUUCCGCACUUUGGAUAUUCGUCUACGUUGGACCUUACAGCACUCAAUGCGCUCCUUCCAUCGAUGAACUCUUAUAUCCCGCCGCAAUUUAACCCUCCUCCAACCGGUGGGCAUCCUCCUGCUAUUUCACCCCAAGGCAUCUGGGGAUCGUCUCCUCCGCUGCCAGCUCCAGCUGUCGAUCCCAACACACAAUAUCACCGCCUCACUAUCCUCCCUCUCCUACUAAAAGCGCUUUCACGGGCCAUGCAAGAAUGGCCGAUCUUCCGAUCUUCGCUCAACCCAAUGUCAAAGCCCGAUGAUCGACCAAGUGUCACAAUUCGAUCACAAUCCGACAUUGCAGUCGCGGUUUCGACCACCAGUGGACUAUACACACCCGUUCUGCAAUCAGUUGAGACUAAAACCCCAUAUGAGAUCAUGGGCGAGUUACGACGGUUCCAAGCUCUUGGACGGAAGACACCAGCGGGUUUCACGCCAAAGGAACUGCCCAAGCGUGGUGCAACAAUAUCUGUCUCCAAUGUCGGAGCGAUUGGAAAGGGAGAGUGGGCAGCACCUUUACUCGUCCCUGGUGGCGGAGUAGCAAUUGUGGCAAUCGGAAGGGCUAAAUGGGUGGAAAGAGAUGGCCACAAACGAUUAGAGGUCGGCGUUAGCUGGUCGGCAGAUCACCGAAUCGUCGAAGGGGCAGAGAUGGCGGCAUUUGUAGAGUCGUGGAGGUCAUGGGUUGAAGAACCCGCCCGUCUGAUCGGGGAUGGGAGGUAG